AUGAAACGAAGACCAUUAAGGCAGAAAACAGAGGAGCCUUGGGGAUUGCUGAAGACCAGCUGGAAAUACCAGACAGGGGAGUUCUUCAACAAAAGCACACUUCAUGGAGUCAGAUACAUCGCAGAAAAGGACAGACCCUUCUGCGAACGGUUCAUGUGGUUUGUGCUGACCUCGGUGGGGACGAUUACGACGUUGAUUAUCAUCGUGUCACUCUGGGAGAAGUUCCAGACUAACCCGACCAUCACUGGUCUUGACACAGACUUUCACAACUGGGAAGUGCCCUUCCCCACUGUCACUCUGUGUCCAGACGAUCCAACCAAUGAGACGCUCAUCAACAACUUUAUACAGAGCAAUUGGGGUAAUGUGUCUACUCAAGAAAUUUCAGAGAAGUACUUUGACUUUAUCAGAACGAUGUCUCACUUGACCAUAGCGGACCUCGAUACCAUCGUCAAAUUUACUAACAACACUUCCGCUUACGAUUUGCCUGUGACUAGCUUUGAAGAAGUUCUUUACCAGGUGGUGAACGACUGCCCCGAUGUAAUCUUUGACUGUGAAUGGAAAGGAGAAGCGUACAAUUGCUGCCAAGGGUUCCAGUACAUACUCACUGAAGUUGGAUUUUGUUACAUUUUCAACUCUCGGUUUUCAAGAGGCAACACCGACACUCUGAGGAUAGUUGAAGCUAAAGACUUCAAACCACAGAUGAUCCAUGAGACAGAUUCAAAAUGGUCGAUGGUUUUAAACAUGCCAAAUGUGGAAGAAAACAAUAUCAGGGUGUUCAUCCACAGUGCGGAUGAAGUACCAACUCUUGACAUGGUUCCGCAGCACGUGUGGAAACGUACGAUCCACUCUGUCUUCUUCUCCGUGAAACAUACUUACACGAUGGAGGACGUGCGGCAGUUGAGCAUCAAACAGCGUCAUUGCGUCUUCCCGCAGGAGAUCAAACUGUUGACCGGAGGCAACUACACAUACGGAGGCUGCAUGAUGGAGUGUCGCAUGAAGAAAGCUUUCGCUCUCUGCAAAUGUUUGCCGUACUUCUAUCCUGAACUGGCAAAGUUCCCUCGAUGUGACCUGAAGGGAUUGGGUUGCUUGGCUAAACAUUCAGAUGAGCUAACACAGAUGAGCUGUUCUUGUGAGUUGGGAUGCAUGAAUACAGUUUAUGAAGUGGAUAAACUAGAUGAUGUGACACCAGAAGAAAAGAACCUGGAGAUAGGUUUUGUGUCGUGGCCGAUGGUUCGCUACAAACGGGAGGUGUUAUUUGGCUGGGUCGACCUACUGGUUUCAUUUGGAGGGAUCGCUGGUCUCUUCUUGGGGUUCAGUUUGCUCAGUGGAGUUGAAAUUGUGUAUUACUUUACAAUGCGAUCAUGCUGCAUGCUCUACAGAAACAGGGACGAGCUGGAACAGCUAAAGCAUGAAUAUGAGAAUCAACCUCGACCAGAAAUCAACCUGGACCUGAAACCAUUCUUUGCAAAAGAUACCAAAGUGGUACCUACUGCUGGGCCUAUAAAAGUGGAAAAAAUGCCAGACAUUUACUCAAUACCUUACCUCAACUGAGGCCUGUGACGUAGUGCUGAGUGUAGAUGUGUUGGGAUGAUGAGGUGUUUUGUUUUGCCAAACUGACAUCCUAGGAUGCUAGGCUCCAACCCGGAUCCGGUGUACAAAUUACUCCAGGCUGGGCC